GUGUACCUGCUUCGUUUUGAUGAGUACCCAGAGUUCAUGGUCGGCCCGUACAAAGGAACCACCCACGGGCUUGAUCUGUCUUACCUCUUUGAUGUCCGCCAUGAUGAAGUAAAACAAAUUCUGGACUAUAAGAUUGACGAAAGCAAGUGGUCAAGUGCUGAUACUGACCUCAAGAACAAGUACAGUGAUCUGGUCUCAUCAUUUGUCAAGACUGGAAAACCGGAAGUGCCAAAAGGAGCCAGUGGCAAGGCGCCCCCAACAUGGCCGCCCUAUGACCCCGUCAAGGGUCAGUACCUGGCCUUUAGCUCGGCUCCCAGCCUGGCUCAGCACCUCAAGGCAGACCGCCUGAGACUGUUCCAACAGCAGAUCCCAGAAUGGAUCCGGGAAUUCCCACUGCAGCCUCCGAGCAAGGACGAACUGUAAAGCAUCAUGGAGGAACUCCAGUGGCGGGGCGCCAUUGGUGCAAUUGGUGCAAGCGCUCCACCUAAUCCUGGCCUUCACCUCCCCCAUUUUCUAAUUGUUCUAAACCAGUCAAUGCUCUAGAUUUACAUACUAGUACUAGCAGUACUUACAUCCUUGCGAUCCGUCACCCGCUGGCUGCGCGCGCGCCAGUGAAGAGACAGACAGCGAGGAUGGUUUAUGCUCGUCGCACUGCUUGCGGUAGUGUCUGCUGGGAGCAAGCAAAAUCUUUGCACCAAAGUCAUUUUUGUCACUGUAGAGAAAUCUAUGCAUCAUCCUUCCCGCACAAGAAGAAAGAUGCGUGAAACUCCAGUUCGCAGCACCAAUUUGGUGCAAGCUUAAAAUUUGAUCCAAGUUACCGCUAGCCUAUCUAGGUUACUACACUAGUAGUACUAGACUAGUAGAGUCUACGGUAACUCAAUGAAGAAUGGGUAUCGAACUGUUUUCGCCCUCUAUUGUGUAGCAGCAAGUCCUGUUAAGGUAAAUAUUCAAAUUGAGUCUGGUUGUAGGUGCUGCACGAAGUAAUUAGAAAUCUUUAAAUCUUCUCAGAUUGUGUGCAUAGUGAGUUAUUAGUAUUGUUUCACUUUAUUGCUUCUUUUAUACGGUGUCAUCUAGAUAUUAGAAACAGUUGUAUAUAUCGACAGAUCUAGAUUACGGGAUAUCCUGCAGAUUCUAACUGACUUUCUAUAAAAAUCUAGAUGAAUCACGUUAACGCUUUGCUUCUUGUGCCUUCUUGUGCCAUUCAGCAGGCUACAGUUAGAAGAGAAAGUGCGCACUAAAGAGCUUGGUCCUCAUCUGUCGCGGGAAUUUAGCUCAAGAAAUGUUCGUUUUUUUACUCUACGUAGUAUGAUAAUUAAAAUAAAUUGUACUGUUUCCAUUA